ACUUCGCAUGGCGAAAGAUAACAGCCAUUUGGCAUGCGUCACCACAUGCUGCAAGCCUGUCGUCAGACCACCAACCAGAGUUCCUGAGUUGGAGGCCACUGUAAACUGGUGUUCCCAGAUCAUGGAGGUCAAGAGGGAUACAUGGAGGUUGCUGUUCUCGCUCUUCCUCGGACAGAUAGUCUCCUUCUCCAUGGCCAUCAGCAGCUUUACCACCUCUGUCAUCAGCAGUCUCGGAGUUGACGCACCACUGGCACAAUCAUUCCUCGUAUACAUGUUGUUAGCUCUGGUUUACGGAACGAUUCUCCUGCACCGACGACAAAAACUGCUUAUACCAUGGUAUUGGUACCUAGCCCUUGUCUUCAUCGAUGUUCAGGGAAACUUUCUUGCUAUCAGGGCAUACCAGUACUCAUACAUUACCAGCAUAAACUUGUUGGACUGUUGGACUAUUCCAUGGGUCAUGAUCCUCACAAGGUUUGCACUAGGCACAAGAUACUCUUUUUGGCAAUUUGUAGGAGCAGGCACUUGCAUGGCAGGACUCUCCCUGGUACUCCUCUCAGAUUCAAAUUCGCCAGAUAUUCAAGAUGCAAGUAAAAGACCACUUCUCGGAGAUGUCCUUAUCAUUGUUGCCACAUUUUGUUUUGCGUUUAGCAAUGUCGGGGAGGAAUACUGUGUCAAGAAGAAAGACCGAAUUGAAUUCAUUGCAAUGCUUGGAAUCUUUGGGGUGCUUGUCACAGGAAUUCAGAUAUCUCUUUUUGAGAGGAAGAACCUAGAGACAAUCAACUGGUCUCCAACACUGAUCAGUCUUUUCACAGGAUUUGCUAUAGCAGCUUUUGUGUUCUGCACCAUUAGUUCUUUUGUUCUUAAGAUGAGUGGAUCAACUAUGUUUAACCUCUCACUCUUAACAACUGACAUAUGGGCGGUCGCCAUUCGGAUUUUCUUCUAUCAUCAGCAGGUAAAUUGGCUCUACUACUUAGCAUUUGCAGUUGUAGCCAUGGGACUGAUCAUCUACUCGCUGAAUGAGAGUUCUUCAGAUGACGAGACAGCUGCAAGUACAACAGAAACAACAACUCAGUAUGAACAACUUUCAAGUGAGGAGACGGGUGGUGCCAAUCUUGACUGGCAGAACUGAAAACAUCAGGAAGAUGAUCACACCUGUUAGGCACCUCAAGUAACCUCAAGGUAAUGGGAUAGAUCUUGUAUAAGACGAUAAGACCUGAUAAGGGGUCAAGUAACCUCCUGGGAAUAGACAGAAAUUGUG